AUGGCGACACGUAUCCAAACCCCCAACGGGCAUGAGUACCGCGAUCCCAAUUCUGGCAAACAUCCCGACAGUCCAAACGGUAACCCAAGACAACGUACAGCGACUACAUCCAAAAAGCAAAACGGCGGGAAGAAUUCAAAGGAAGAAAAGUCCACCGCAAGCCAUUUUGGUCUUCAAGAAGCAGAAGGCACCCAGCGUACAUACCGCAAGGGUGAGUUUAUCGAUGGCUGGGAGGUCGGGACGAACCCCAAAGUCGAUACCUCGGGCGUCUUCGAAUUCGGAGGCUCAGCUGGUGUCUCGUCCCUGAUGAUCGGGUUUCCCUUGCUGAUGUGGUAUAUGUGGAUUGGCGCCGCCUGCUACAACGGCAACAUUCCCUGGCCUGAGGCGAACCAGAGCUGGACACAGUUUGGUCAACAUCUCAGCCAUCUUAUGUAUACCGACGCCUUCCCGACCCUGCGCGCUUGGCGCAUCUACUGGUCAUUUUUCGUCUUCGAGGCUAUAUCCUAUUGUGUCUUGCCGGGAGUUUGGGGCUGGGGGAAGCCUCUGCCUCACGAGGGUGGUAAGCAGUUGAAAUAUUACUGCAACGCCUACUUUACGUUUCACUUUACGAUUGCUAUUAUGGCUGCCCUCCAUCUUACUGGCAUCUUUCGGCUGUAUACCGUUAUCGACGAGUUUGGCCCUUUGCUGACGGUAAGUAUCCUGAGUGGCUACCUUGUAGCUACUAUCGCCUACCUCUCGACUCUGUUGAGAGGUGCGCAGCAUCGUGUUUCUGGCUAUCCUAUUUACGAUUUCUUCAUGGGUGCCGAGCUCAAUCCUCGUAUGUUUGGCAUUUUGGAUUUCAAAAUGUUCUUUAUGGUGCGAAUUCCCUGGUUCAUCAUAUUCGGCCUCUCCUGCGGUGCCGCAGCCCGCCAAUAUGAGAGGUACGGGUACGUCUCUGGCGAGGUGCUUUUCCUGGUGGUCGCACACUACCUCUACGCCAACGCCUGUGCCAAAGGCGAGCAGCUCAUCAUAUCCUCUUGGGACAUAUACUAUGAAAAAUGGGGCUUCAUGCUUAUCGUCUGGAACCUAGCCGGCGUUCCCAUGUCGUAUUCACACUGUACCAUUUACCUGGCGAAUCACCAUCCGUCCGAGUACAAGUGGAAUUCUUUCGCGCUCGUUGCCCUAUACAUCUCAUACUUAUUCGCGUAUUGGAUCUGGGAUACCACCAACAGUCAGAAGAAUGGCUUCCGAGCUGAGGAACGUGGUCAGCUGGUCAGCCGGAAGACCUUCCCCCAACUACCGUGGCAAACCGUCAAGAACCCCAAGACCAUCACGUCGGAUAAGGGAGACGUCAUCAUGGUUGACGGCUGGCUGGGCUAUGCUCGGAAGAUCCACUAUACGUGCGACGUCUACUUUGCUCUGUCGUGGGGCCUGAUUACUGGCUUCCGGAGUCCGUUCCCUUGGUUCUAUCCGGUCUUCUUCUCCAUCAUGGCCAUUCACCGCGCUGAGCGCGAUCAUCGUCGCUGUCGCGAGAAGUAUGGCGAGGCGUGGAAGCAGUACGAGCUAGAGGUACCAUAUCUCUACAUUCCGGCGAGUUCCAUCUAUCAUCAUGUUGAGAGAAGGCGUGACUAA